CUACAAGCCGGGCAGAUCCCCAGCUCUGCCAAGUGGAACAAAGCAGAAGCCCUCUUCAGACUGGGGGCCACCACGGGAAGCCUCACCAGUUCUACAGGAGAAGGAGGAGACCGGAGACAGGAGACGGGACCUCUACAGAGAGAGGGCAGGGCAGCUCUUGGGGGUGCCAAUGUGGCCCCAAGACCUAGCCCAGGCGGGGUCUGGCAUCAGCCUCAGCCCCCCAAGGAACCAGCCUUCCACCCCAUGGGGUGGUCACUGCCCAAGGAGAAGGGGUUAAUACUCUGCCUAUGGAACAAGUUCUGCAGAUGGUUCCACAGACAAGAGUCCUGGGCUCAGCGCCGAGACGAGCAGAACCUGCUGCAGCAGAAGAGAAUCUGGGAGUCACCUCUUCUUCUAGCUGCCAAAGAAAAUGAUGUCCAGGCUCUGAGUAAGCUGAUCAAGUUUGAAGGAUGUGAAGUGCACCAGAGAGGAGCCGUGGGGGAAACUGCACUGCACAUAGCAGCCCUCUAUGAUAACCUGGAGGCUGCCGUGGUACUGAUGGAGGCUGCCCCAGAGCUGGUCUUUGAGCCUAUGACCUCUGAACUAUAUGAAGGUCAGACUGCACUACACAUGGCAAUCAUGAACCAGAAUGUGAACCUGGUCCGAGCCCUGCUUGCCAGAGGGGCCAGUGUCUCUGCCAGAGUUACAGGCUCUGCCUUCCAACGCAGUCCCCACAACCUCAUCUACUAUGGAGAGCACCCUUUGUCCUUUGCUGCCUGUGUGGGCAGCGAGGAGAUUGUCAGGCUGCUCAUUGAGCAUGGAGCUGACAUCCGGGCCCAGGACUCCCUGGGAAAUACAGUGCUGCACAUACUCAUCUUGCAGCCCAACAAAACCUUUGCCUGCCAGAUGUACAACCUGCUGUUGUCUUAUGAUGGAGGAGACCACCUGAAGUCCCUGGAACUUGUUCCCAACAACCAGGGACUCACCCCCUUCAAGCUGGCUGGAGUGGAGGGCAACACUGUGAUGUUCCAGCAUCUGAUGCAGAAGCGGAAGCACAUCCAGUGGUCUUAUGGGCCGUUGACUUCCACUCUUUAUGACCUCACUGAGAUCGACUCCUCAGGAGACGAUCAAUCCCUGCUGGAACUUAUUGUCACUACCAAGAAACGUGAGGCCCGCCAGAUUCUGUACCAGACACCCGUGAAGGAGCUGGUGAGCCUCAAGUGGAAGAGGUACGGGCGGCCCUACUUCUGCGUGCUGGGUGCCAUCUACGUGCUGUACAUCAUCUGCUUUACCAUGUGCUGUGUCUACCGCCCCCUCAAGCCCAGGAUCAGUAACCGCACCAAUCCCCGGGACAACACCCUCUUGCAGCAGAAGCUCCUUCAGGAGGCCUAUGUGACCCCCAAGGAUUACCUACGGCUGGUAGGGGAGCUGGUGAGCGUCAUUGGGGCUGUGAUCAUCCUGCUGGUGGAGAUUCCCGACAUCUUCAGGUUGGGGUUCACUCGAUUCUUUGGGCAGACCAUCCUUGGGGGGCCAUUCCAUGUCAUCAUUGUCACUUAUGCCUUCAUGGUGCUGGUGACCAUGGUGAUGCGGCUCACCAAUGCAAAUGGAGAGGUGGUGCCUAUGUCCUUUGCUCUGGUGUUGGGUUGGUGUAAUGUUAUGUACUUUGCCAGAGGAUUCCAAAUGCUGGGUCCCUUCACCAUCAUGAUCCAGAAGAUGAUUUUUGGUGACUUGAUGCGAUUCUGCUGGCUGAUGGCUGUCGUGAUCCUGGGAUUUGCUUCAGCCUUCUAUAUUAUCUUCCAGACAGAGGACCCGGAUGAGCUGGGCCAUUUCUUUGACUACCCCAUGGCACUGUUCAGCACUUUUGAGCUCUUCCUCACUGUCAUUGACGGCCCUGCCAACUAUGAUGUGGAUCUGCCCUUCAUGUACAGCAUCACCUAUGCCGCCUUUGCCAUCAUCGCCACACUGCUCAUGCUCAACCUCCUCAUUGCCAUGAUGGGUGACACUCAUUGGAGAGUUGCCCAUGAGAGGGAUGAGCUCUGGAGGGCACAGGUUGUAGCCACCACUGUGAUGCUGGAGCGGAAGCUGCCUCGCUGCCUGUGGCCUCGCUCUGGGAUCUGUGGGCGCGAGUAUGGGCUAGGAGACCGCUGGUUCCUGCGGGUGGAAGAUAGGCAAGAUCUCAACAGGCAACGCAUCCGCCACUAUGCCCGGGCCUUCCAGCAACCUGACAACCUCUAUUCAGAGGACUUGGAAAAAGACUCUGGAGAGAAACUGGAGUUAGCACGUUCCUUUGGUGCCUACCUGUCCUUUCCCACACCCUCAGUGUCUCGAAGCACCUCUCGGAGGAGCAGCUUCAACUGGGAAAGGCUUCGGAAAGGGACUCUAAGGAGGGACCUUCGGGGGAUAAUCAACAGGGGCCUAGAAGAUGGGGAGGGCUGGGAGUACCAGAUCUGAAGGUUGGCUUUCAUCAAGCGUCAUGUCCAAAUGAAAGAGAACUGGUCAAAACGUAGAAGCCAUCCCCCAAGUCCAACGGGGAGGGUGAGGAACAUGCUGAGGAAUGCACACUGGGAAUAAUUGUCCCAGGUCUCCCCAACUCCUUCAGCUUGAGGCAAAGGGAAAGACGACUCUGUGGUCUUUGCCGUAACCAAGCAAUCCUUGUGCUCUUACGGAAACUCCACUGCACACCAGAGCACUUUAACCACAGGCUUGCCAUCUUGGGCGCCUGUUUCCACCCAGGUCUUGUAAGUAGGAGGGGAUGGAACUCUUCCCAGAGUACUCCAGACAACUGAUGGAGAACAUUGAGCUUGUGGGAAGGUGUGUGAUGGAGAGAUGCAGGCACCAGUCUUGGGAUGGAGAAGCUGGGAUGAGCCUUGCCACCUUCCAAUAAAGUCAUUUCCUGAUUCCCACCCAGCUCCCUCUAUGUUUCAGUGAACUUAACCACUGACCCACCCUGUCAUGCAGCACUGCUCCUCCCACAAGGCCUCCCUAGCUCUUCCUUGCAGACCGAGGCACAGACACACCUAAACUUAUAAAUUCCCUUCUUUUCCUUUAAUAUGGGGGAGGCUGAUGGAAAGGCGGGAUUUGGGGCUGCAGUGUCCAGUGGGCUGGGUUUAAUGCGGCAGGCAUGAA